AUGGCAUCAUAAGUAAUACCUCUGCAAACGUAAGAGAUAGAGUAUUUGUAAACAGAGAUGAAUUAAUCUGCAAUAUCAAAGGAGAUGAUUAGCAAAAAUGGGCAUAACAUAAAUUAGAAAAGAGGAACUGUUUAAUUGUUUAACGAAAAAGAUGAGGAGGUGAAUUCAAUAGGAGAUUUAACAAUAAUAAUGAUAGGUAUAAUGAGUGGAAGUUUUACAUUUGGAUAUGCAAUAACAUAUUUAACUCUAUCUUUUGAUACAGUUUUUGAUUAGAUGUAAGAUGAUUUUUCAAUAAUUUAACUAGAAAUUUAAAAGGGAGUAAGAACGAAGAAUAAGGGUUAUUUAGUGCAAUAUUACCUAUAGGAUGUAUAGUUGGUGCAGUUUCUUCACAUUUUCUAAUGUAGAUAUUGACUAGGAAUUAGACACUUAUAGUAGCAGAUAUUUGUGGAAUGUUAAGUAUUUUAUCAUUGGUUCCAAUACGUGAGAUGAUAUUAGCAUUUAGAUUUAUGUAUGGAGUAUGUAAUGGGAUAUCAUGUAUAGUUAUGCCAAUAUACAUAAAGGAAUUAUGUCCUUAAAAAUAUUAUGAGAGAUUUUCUGUGAUGGCAGGAUUUUUGAUAGGGAUAGGAGUAUUAGUAGCUUUUAUAUUUGGAUUGGGUUAUUUGAAUGAUGAUUUAAGAGGACCUGAUACUCAUUGGUGGUAAGUUAUGUUUGCUGUACCUCCAGUUGUGUUCUUUUUUAGAUAAUUAAUAGUAACAGUGAUUUACAAAAUGGAUAGUCCUAUAUCAUUACUCGAGAAAGGAAUGUAAUUACAGGCUAAAAAUGUUGUAGAGAGAUUAUACACAUAAAAAUCAGUUGAAUAAGCAUUUUUAAAAGCAUAAUUGAGAGUUCAAUAUAAUGAAGAACAUCGAGAAGGAUUAUCAAGUAUAUUUUCAAAAAAACAUGGUACAACUGUUGCAAUCGGAUGUGUUUUAAUGUUUAUUUAUACAUGGUGUGGAAUUUUUGCAGUCUUUUCUUACAGUUCAUAAUUCUUUGCUUCUAUGGUUGAUAAUGAUUUAACACUAAAUACUAUAUUCUCUCUUAUUUUAGGCAUUUCAUAAUAAUUACCUGCAUAUGUAUCCAAAUUUUUCUAUGGUAAAUGGGGUAAGAGAUCUUUAUUAAUUUUUGGUCUCAUUUUUAUUAUCUGUUGCUAAAUUAUUGUAAUUGGAUUAAGUUAUACUGAGAAUAGUGCUGCAGUUAUUAUUAAAUUCAUAGUUCUAUGUUUGUUUGCAUUUGUAUAUGCUUUAACAAUAUCUCCAAUUUGUUGGGUAAUCUAUUAUUUUAUAUAUCAUAGUCAAUGACACCUGAAAUCAAUUCAUCAGAAGGAACUUAUUUUUGUAUUAUUUCAGUGUUUGUGUGGCAAUUAUUUAUGCUUUAUGUUUUUCCAUUUAUGUUAGAGGGUAUGUCUAUGACAGGAUCAUUUAUAUUGUUUACUAUUUUAACAUUUCUCUGUUUGAUAUUUAGUUAUUUUUUUGUAAAAGAAACUAAAGGACUUAAUCACAGAGAAAUAGAUAUUCUAUAUGGCAAAGGAGAAUGA